GGAGCGAGGCUGCACCUCCCAGGCUGCUCAAAAAGUUUGGAAAGUCCUGGCACCGACACUUCGCUGAAUGCAGUCACAUCAACAUCCUUCCAGUUCCGUGGAAUAUAAAGUCGACUUUUUUCAAGAAAGCCACCCUAGCUGAAGAAUUGGAACUAUCUGCUCUUGUGCUGCCACUAGACCAGGACACAUUCACCACUAAGUAUAUUCACACCCUGAAGACCCAGACUCAUCUUCCACCAACUCCGGAAGCCUAAACUUAACAGAGAUGGAAGGUCACGUGGUGCAAUUAGCCUUGUUUAUGUGCAUCACUGUUGCAGCCUCUGCCUCAAGUCAGACGUGUGAACCAAACAUGCUUAAUGACAACCCAUGGGUCUACGUGAGGGAGAUGCUAACUGGCUGUUGGACCAGCUUCGUGACAGAGGACAAGGCAGAGGUCCACAUCCUUAACCUGAAAUUUGGUACCGGGGAUAGCGGUAUGUUCUAUCUGAAUAUGGCCAGUGCUGAGCCAAUGAACCUCAUCCUUACAUCGCCAGACAAAGCUUAUGGUGUGAACAACCUCAACGACAGUGCUAACAUUUAUAAAAACACCAACUCCACAAUUACGCUAUAUCCUAAUUCGGGCAGUACCAAAAAUAUCUACAGGCAAGACUUCCCCACUCAAGAUGAGGAGCUAGUCGAGUGGGCAAGGCAGAAGUUUGGGGGUGUGACUUCAUUCACUACGAUCCGAAAUAUGAGAAGUAUCUCAAAGCAAGCAAAAGGAACCAAACCUGGCUCUCAUAUCUGUACACUUACAAAAGAAGAUCCAUUAGAGAAGCACUUUAUGAAGAUUGAAACAACAGCUUUGGCCUCUUCGGUCAAAUCUUGCUCCCCACAGCAACAGAACCGUGAUGGCGAAGCUGAGAUUCACAUCAUAAACAUCCCAGAGAAUGCAAUCAUUAGCAAUGUGAUAGUUCACAUGGAAACAAAGAACAACAAAUCCAGGGUGUUCCUGCGAGGUCCACAGGGCACCACAUGGACCUUCGUCAACCCACAAUUCACCCAGUUUUUGUCCAACAAUGACAUCCUGCUGCCUGUCUUUAAACACAGAAUUAAACCUUCAAUUACACUGAAAAGUGACAGUGCAGCGGAUGUGCAAAGGGUCGCUUUGUAUAAUUUUACAGCUACUACUUUUACCAGCUAUACUGAACUCAGGCCAGAGGAGUCUACAAUUUUACUGGUUCUUGGAAAAAAAGGCAACCCUGCAGUUACAGAAACGGUACCAGAACCCAUUCCCGUUACAACUAAUGCCCCUCAUUCAAUGCCUCUGUCGAUACAUCUGUACACCUCCCCGGACUACCGUUCUCCCCUGGACCCUCACACUAAGGUGCAGAGUGACAAGAGAAUUUAUGCAGAGAUUUCAGGGCACACUUUAGGGGCUAUGGUCUUGACCAUCGAGGUGAACAAAUGUGUCUUGCGCCCCAAGGAUUCAUGCCCUGUACUGAUAGAGCUGCCCUACAUUCAAGAGGCCUGCUCCUCAAAUUCUUGUCCCAGCAGCACCCGGCUCAGCUUCUCCUUAGAUCAGCUCCAAGAGCUGACAUCCACCAAAUGGGACCUGGAAUGUUCUGUUAAAUUUUGCUACAAUAAGAAAUGUGGAGAUGGAGGAAGCGUGAAGAAGGAUCUGGAAGUUACCCGGCCGUGUCCAUCACCACCAACCCAACCAUGCUUUCACUUCGGCCUACUUGAUGUUCUGGGCAUUGCAUUUGGAGGGUUCCUUAUUGGAGUAUUACUGAUUGGAGCACUGUGGUUUAUCAAAAUUAAAACAGGAUACCCAACUAGAUUGGACAUGAGCUCAACAGCAGCAAAUCUUCCAGGAUGUCCAUGCUCAGGAGCAAAACGACAACCAGUUUCUACCAAGCCUUCCCCGUCUGAAGACAGCAGCGCCAAUGCUAGCAUUGGAAGCACCCAAAGCACACCGACCAGCAGUAUGGCGUGAGGUGCAGGGCCGCCAUCUCCAUUCAUAGUCAACUAUAUGGGUUUUGUGCUUUUGUUUUUGUAAUGCUUAUAAAGCAUUUCUCCUUGUCCCCUUAAAAUUCUCAUUUAAAAAGCACAACCCACAUCUUUGACACACUAAGCCUGAAAUGGGUGUAAUUUGGGAGUUUUCAGUGGUGGUGGGAGUGACUGGAUGACGGAUAAUAGAAGUCUUAUCAAUGAUGCUCACCUCUGCAGCCUCUCUGUUAAGUUGAGCUUCUAGACAGGAAGUUAAAGAGGGCAGGAGGAAAAAAAUGGCUCACAGCAACAGGAAAAACAAACCAUAUCCCCAAGAGGUAACAGGAAAUUCACUGCAUUCCUUUCAAUGAAUUGUGCUCAUGUGAUGGCAGCACAAUAAUAGUUAGACAGGAGACAAAUCAGUCAAAAGAAUGAAUUUUAAAACAGAUACAAAGUUGUUAUGUUUUCACAUCACAGUCCAAAAAGUUACCAAUAAUGGCAACUGAAACCCACAACAUGUUAGGCUCUCAAACCAGUUUAUGAAAUGCUUACUUCAAGGGGUAUUUGUCUUAAUUUGAGUUCAAGGUCAAUGAUUAACAACUACCUCCUGUUAUUUAGAAGUCUUGAGAUUUCUCUGUUGAAUUGAUCUUUUUUCUGCCUUUAUCAUUUUUUUUUGUUUGUAAAAUUCUAUUUCACUUCAGGUGAAUCUUAAAGCUGACCCACUAGGUCAUUUGUAGCUCAUGAAACAAAGUUACACGGUGCCAUUUUCAUGUUAUCCAAUAACUGUAUAAGGGCUUUCGUAUCAAGGGUUCUUUAGUGUUUAUUGAAAGUUAUAGAGAAGUACAGUAUACUGUACUUGAUUGGAUUUAUAACCCCACAACACCAAUCUCAAAUCAUCAUUAUUACCCAAAGGUAGCAAUAAAAUAUGAGCCAUUAAGAAAAAGUAGCUUUUUAUUUGUGUAAACUCAAAAAUGGUCACACUUGUGUUGUACUGUACUGAACGCAGAGAUGAAUGGCUGUGUUCAGAGUUGAGUAAUGUACCUAUGAUGAGGUAGUACCAAAACUCUCCACAUCCGUUUUCAGACCCUCACACUCAUAUAUGGACUUAAGGACCACUCAUGUAGCUACACCCACAGGGUGGAGUUUCCCCAAAAUAGCCUGUCUGGAGGUUACAUUCCAGUACUUUUCCUAUGCACAGUAUCUGUUCUCAUCAGAGUUUGCUGCAAGUCCUUCACCACUGCCUAACAUCUGUAAUGUCUGUAGUAGCAUGCACAAACACACACAAACAAAAAGACCUUUAUGUAAUGCAUUAAAGUGUUUUCAGGCCAAUUUAACCACCAGCCUACACUAUAAACCAUUACUCUUCCUGUAUUUGAGAACCAAGACGACAUUUUCCAUCUAUAAACUGUCCAACUUGCUUGCUCAUAUUCAAUGGCUUUUUAAUCAAAAUGUAGCUAGUCACUAAUGUUCUACUCUAUCUUGUGAAUGGAGAUGAGUGCACAUAAGGGAACACAUUAUCAGACCUCUAAUGGAUGAUAUGGAUCACAAACGCAUUCAAAAAGUUUUCUUUGACAGCCAAGCUGUCCUUGAUUCUCGCAGUAGAUUAAGAGUUGCCACCUCGAUGUGACCAAACUCCCAGUGAGGUGCAGGUACAAACAAUAGGCUGUAAUAUUCCAUAAUUAAUUCUUAAACAGAAUGAAACUAAACAUGUGGCAUUUAAAGAAAAUGUAUGUGGACUGUACAUCAUUCAAGGUCCCCCCACUAAAUUAAUACACCUCAUUUAGGCUUGACAGUAUAAUCAAUAACAACAGCAGCAUAAUGGCACAUUUGGUAUGUUAUAUUUACCUUAGAUUAAUUAGUGUGUUGUGCGUUUCCACAUGAAGACCACUUCAAAAUUCUAAUUUUGCUUUAUUUGCAGCUAUCACACAUUUGUAAUGAUAUGGAAACUGUCAUUCAAGAGAGAUGAGUGUGCUGUUAUAGUGAUUUACUUCUGCUUUCUACAUUUGUUAGGCUGCAUCAGCCACUGCAGUGCUAAUGCUAAACAGUCCUGAUUAUGCAUAUGCAUGGUUGGGACUUCUAUGAGGGCUACAACUGUAGAGUGACGGUUGAUCCGUGAAUCCACUGUUUUUUUUUUUCUAUGUACAAAUGUAAAUGUAUUUAAUAUUUUUUAUUGACACUCUUUACCUCUUUAAACCUAUUACGGUCAUAGAGUAUGUCUAGUUUUGUAAGCAAGUGGGCAACAUUUCAAAAAAUCAGUUUGUAUCCAUAGCACAUAGCCGUGCCGCAUAUACAAUUGAUACACCAACUUACUCGUAUUGAUGCAUAUAUAUUCACAUCACAAGUAGUUACUCACCUUCUUAUUUGGAGUGUUGAAUAACUUAUUCACCAUCAAACUUAAUCUUAAAAAUGUUAUGUUUUCUAGGCUGACUGCAUGCAUUGAGCAAUGUAGCUUAUUUCCCCCUCUCUCUCUGUGUGUGCAUACUUUUUUGUGCAUGUCUGAUUUUCUUUAUGCGUAGUCAGAAACCAAAGAAGGCCAGUACAAAUUGUCACUUGAGUAUUUGUGCAAUACAAUGAGGUAAACUUGUAUGUAAUGUCUGUUUUUUUCUUUUUUUAACUGUAUUUGUACGUUUUGUAUGAUAUUCCUACUUUAACCAUUUUCUUAAGCUGCUCUGUUCUUUUACAUAUUUGAAGAAUUGGGACAAUUCCUUUUCAAGGCACUUCUUAAAUGCAGAAAGGUUUGUUUUGUAUAGCAAUCUUUUUUUUUUCCUCCUACAGAUUUGUUUUGAUAAUAUUGUAGUCACAGACAGUGCAUGUCACAUCACAUGUCACAGACAGUGUUGGUUUUACCCCUGUUUGACUUUUACUCUUCCCCUAAGAUUCCCCUGCUGUCCAGAAACAGAGCAUAUCUCUGCUGAUACUGACAUCCUGACAUUGUAUUGUGUUCAUUGUACUAUCUUCAGUGGGUGUGAUGGGGAAGUGCCUUCUGAAUUCUGAAAGACAGAAUGUCUGACAGAUAAGCAUCCCUCUUAAAAAUGUAACACUCCGGCAGUUUUUAGGGAACAUUCAAACUUAAGAAAGUGAAUAUGCGGCGUGCAGCGAGAACUUUUUUUGCUAUAAAUUUUAGAAAAUAGAUACAAUAUAUGUUACAAUAUACGUUUUUUCAAAUGUCCAGUAUUCUGUACCUCUAUUAAACCAGCCCUAGCAACUGUCUGAGCACUGACAGUAAAAGCAGACAGGCUGACAGUUAAUUCACAGUUUAACCCUGCAGAUCCCUUCGUUACCUCUGGCAACAGAUUCCUUCUCCUCAGACACUCUAAUGAAAUAUGUCUGUGUGCACAUACACAGUAUACUGUAUGUACUGCAUUUGUGUGUGUCUGUGUGUAUGUGUACAAUAGGAACUAUUCAUCCAUUAGUGUGAGCAAAUUCUUCCUUCAGUCUAUUAUCAGUGUCAAAAUUCUGAAUUCUUACCAAAUUCCUGAAGCCGGAGCACCAUGCCAGAAGUUCUGCUUUGAUUUUUAUAAAGUAUAAAAUGCAGUUAUUUACAAAUGUGUUCAUUUGUUGAGACAGUACUUAACAGAUGUUAUGUAUUUUUAUGUUGUCGCUGAAGACAUUUACGUUUUAUUCUGAAAUUAUCUUAAUAAAAUGAAUAUGGUAAAUCUUU